CCGAGAAUAAAAAGCUGUCAACAAGAUUCGGCGCAUCCUAAAGUCAAAUUUAACCGUUUCAGGCGCCUUCCAUUUCGCUUUGCUAUCCCGUUUUUUCCCAAACAGGCAAAGUCACAAAUGAACGAGGUUCAUAUUAUCACGGUGAUAGAAAGUAGUGAAUAUACAUCCGCUCUGGAAUAAAUGAGGAGGCCUACUAUGCCGUCGAGUGUUGCAUAUGUGUUCUAUAGAGUGAUCUAGAAGUGUAAUAUACGAAGGUGUUGAGGGAUGUACAUACAGCAAGGCAAUAAAGGACGUGUCGGACUUGCUUGAACGGUCUCAAGGAAAUCGAAGUCGCCGUAGAUUAAAAUCACCGUAGAUCUGCGGCAACAACAGCACUGAAUGUGAAAUCGCACUUUUCUAUCAACGUGCAGACAACCCAUCUAUGAUUACGUGUGUGCUAUUUGAAUGUCCUACUCCUGAUACUGUUUCUGUGUAGAACGCUGCCUCUCUAUUCGUUGAAAAGGAAUUUGUAACAGAUAGACUCUGAUAAUAUUCGCCAUGAGACAUCUGCGAUGACAACAUCGAGCUGCUACAAUGACAAUGGCGUCUAUGGAUGCCUUGGAGGCAGUUGGAUACAGCUCCUCGUCUAAAAGGACGUAAGCUACUUGUCGAAAACGAAAGGUCUAUCGAGGUCUGGCCACGGGGCGUAGAAGCUCCGAUUUUAGCUGGUGCUGCUGUGGGGAACUCGACCCCAACGAGUCCAAACAGCGGCGCAAAUUCGUUUGGCACGGUGGAAACUUCUGCGGAACCCGGCUCGUCGGGGGCAUCGAAGCCGGCUAUCGUAUGGGACGACAUCGAACGAACCCUAGUCAUACAGGUGCUUCGGGGCUUCAAUCUCGCCAAAAAAGAUAUUUUUGGCACGUCUGAUCCAUACGUUCGCAUCUCCGUUCUCCUCAAUGAGCAACAGGUUACCGCGCUGUAUACACAGACCAAAAAACGCACGCUUAAUCCGCAGUGGGAUGAGGAAUUUCGAUUGAUUGUUUCACCGGUUCGGCACAAAGUGCUGGUAGAAGUGUUUGAUGAGAAUCGACUUACGAGGGAUGACUUUCUCGGCCUUGUAGAGCUGCCCUUGCCAACUAUAGGUGUAGACACCGUACCCAAACACUACAUUCUACGACCACGAAGCCAAAAAAGCCGCGUCCGGGGUCACGUACAGUUAGUUCAUUAUUACCUUUGCGAUGGUGAAAGACAGAAUACAGCACAUAAUCUAGGUCCAGUGGACGGACAAAACGCGAUCCACGGAAACGCGCAACUCGUUCAACAGCAGAAUGUCGGAAGAGGGGACGGUAUUAACAAUAACAACAAUAACAAUCUGAUCGCCGAUCGGCAAGCGGAUGCCGAGCAGGUGGAUCUGAGGAUCGAAGAUGUAAGAAUCGACAGUCUCCGAGACGAGGUCGCACGCGACGACCACAAUUAUCACCACCAUCAUCAUGUCGUAAGCUGUGAGCAAGGAGACGAGAUAACGAGCGAAAAUCAAGAUCCAAACGAAUCUUCAAGGCAAGCUAGCGUGGAUUCGACUUGGGAAAUAAUCAGCCGAAAUUCGGUGCAGGGCCCAUUGCCGCCCGGCUGGGAAGAGCGAAUGGACGCCAAUGGACGCAAUUAUUACGUCAAUCACAUUUUGAGGUAUACCCAGUGGCGUCGGCCUACUUUACACGAGGCAACGGAUAAUUCAGCCGCACAGACCGAGUCCCAGAACUGCGGUGGUGAAAGUGCUAUGAGCAGAGCUAGUAGCAGCUCUGUGCCAGCCGAACUGCAGAACAGUCGAGGCCACGACGAAAUAGGCCGCCACAGAGGAUCGAUAGGAACUUUCAGACAGACUUUAGACAGCAGUGGGGCAGGCGGAGGUGCAAACGGAGAAGCCGGCGGUAUCUCAACUGCGUCAUCGGCUGGAGGACAAGUGAGUUCGCCUAGUCAUGGGGACUUUGGGUUAGCUGGGCUAUCGUUGGAACCCCCGGAGGGAAAUGGAAGUUCCGGAAAAUCGCUAAGAUCUUCACAGGGAUCAGAAAUCCCCGUCGGCUCAGCCGGUGCUUCACAUGGAGAUGAGGAUAGUGCUCGGUCUGGGGCGAUUUUAGACAUAGUCGAUAGCAAUGUCAGUUCUCUCUCAGCACGGCGACAUGAGGGUUUAGCCAGGUCACCUGAGCUGUCAUACCAAAGUGGAAGCCCCGUCAGAUCAGUAAGACCUACGCAGUCGCCAGGUGCUCGAGCUGGGUCGGCAGGGUCUCUACAAAAUAGAGUCGGAUGUCAGCAAAGAGUGCAUAUCUCACAAGAGGGAAGACUCACUUUGGAUCAGUCGGCUGGCUGGCAACAAGCACAGCUUGAUACUAACGGAUUACCUGCUGGGUGGAGCCUACAGGUCGCCCCUAAUGGCCGUGUUUUCUUCAUCGAUCACAAUACAAAAACUACAACCUGGACAGACCCUCGAACAGGUAAACCUUCGCAUAUUGCCAGUCCCUCAGGGGCACCGAAGGGUCAAGGUAGUACCACCGGUAGCACGCUUACGCUCAACGAAAAACAGCAUGCGUCUGCUUCAGUGGACGAAUUAGGUCCUCUUCCUGAUGGCUGGGAGGAACGAAUCCACACCGAUGGUCGAAUCUUCUUCAUCGAUCAUUCGAACAGGCGAACUCAAUGGGAAGACCCACGAUUUAAUAAUCCCGAGUUGGCUGGACCGGCUGUUCCGUAUUCACGCGACUACAAACGUAAAUAUGAGUAUUUCAAAUCGAAGCUACCCAAGCCUCCAACAACACCUUCAGGCGGCCAUGCCAAACUCGAACUACGUGUGACCCGGUCAAAUAUAUUCGAAGAUGCUUAUAUGCAAGUGUCAUCCGUGACGAAGACUGAGUUACUGCGAACGAAACUUUGGGUCGAGUUCGACUCAGAAGAAGUCUUAGAUUAUGGUGGGGCCUCAAGAGAGUUCUUCUGUUUACUUUCGAAGGAAAUGUUUAAUCCCUAUUACGGCCUAUUCGAGUAUUCAGCCGCGGAUAACUAUACGCUUCAAGUUAAUCCAAUGUCCGGCGUGUGCAACGAGAACCACAUACCAUACUUCAAGUUUGUGGGAAGAAUUGCCGGUAUGGCUGUUUACCAUGGCAAACUUCUUGAAGCCUUUUUCAUUCGGCCCUUCUAUAAGAUGAUGCUGGGCAAAAACAUCGUAUUAAAGGAUAUGGAGAGUGUCGACACAGAAUACUUCCGAUCACUUAUGUGGAUACAAGACAACGACCCAGAAGAGCUGGACCUUCGGUUUUCUGUUGACGAAGACCUUUUCGGUCAGACUCAGGAGCGAGAACUGAAGCCCGGUGGAUCCUCGGAGCGUGUUACGCAAGCCAACAAAGCUGAGUACAUUGAUCUCGUCAUCAGCUGGCGCUUUGUAUCGAGGAUACAGCCGCAGAUGAAUGCAUUCCUCGAAGGAUUCAACGAGGUGGUUCCACUGCAGCUGUUAAAGGUGUUCGAUGAAAGUGAACUUGAGCUGCUGAUGUGUGGCAUAGGAAAAAUCGAUGUACGAGAUUGGCAUGUCAAUACCCUAUACAAAGGUGGGUAUCAUCCAAACCAAUUGGUGAUCCAGUGGUUUUGGAGACUGGUGCUUUCUUUCGACAACGAAAUGCGAGCUCGCCUUCUGCAGUUUGUUACCGGAACAUCUCGUCUGCCUAUGAAUGGAUUUAAAGAAUUGCAAGGAUCGAACGGUCCGCAGCAAUUUACGAUUGAGAAAUGGGGAAACAGCUCAAAUCUACCUCGCUCGCAUACGUGUUUCAAUCGCAUAGACUUGCCUCCGUACGAAAGCUAUCAGGAACUGCGCGACAAACUCAUCAAAGCCAUCGAGGGAUCUGAAUCUUUUGGAGGAGUUGACUAGAAUCGUCUACUACCAGCCAACAUGUCUCAUUAAGCGAAAGCAUUGUCUGCCUAUAGUAUCAACUGAAGUCAAACUUGUCAUUGUAAAAUGAUAAAUAGUUUAUAUAUAUAUAUAUUACAUGUUUCUACUGUAUAUGGUUAACGGAAAUCAGCUUUUCAGUGGCUCUUCUGUGGUCGUUAGUUGGUAAAAAAAACAAUAGUCGGUAUUGGUGAAUGCUCGUUGCUAAAUAUACGAAAUAUGAAAACAUAUUAAGUGCGCACCAUUUUAUUUUGUAUAUGGAAAAUGAUAAUCACAUAUGAAGAAAGACUUCAUUCGAGCAAAAUGUAUAUCAAUUUUCGUAAGUAUAUCACGCAGUUGUUUUGUUUAUUUUAAUCGAGAACAACUGAUUUUUAACAAUUAGACCUUUGAGUCAAAUUGAUCAUCGCAAGCAAUCAUUGAACGAGUCGGAAAGACCGAAAAUAUCGAAACGUCAAUCAAAAGUGAUACUAAGAAUAGGAUAUAAUAAUAAUAAUAAUAAUAAUAUGUUCUCUUCGUUGAAAGCGAAGCCUACAUAUAUCUACAUCUAGCAAAUAUAAAAAGUUUAAUAUAUAAAAAAUAUAAAGAGAUAAAUCAGAUAAUCGGAAAUGACCGACAGUCAAGGCAAACGCAGAUUUUAGUUAUUAUCGGGAAACGAAUCGACGACGAUAUCGAUAUAAAACGAACAACACAGUGUUAUUAAUAACCGGAUAUAAUAAUAUUGACGAUAAAUAUUGGAUAAUAAUAAUACCACGGGUAUCAGUUGACGAAUCAACUGCUGGGUCUCGAUUAAACAGUGAUGAGUCUCAGGGUACAAUUUUGAUAAUAAUAACAAUCAUCAUCGUUGCACAAACAAGAUCGCAACUUUGAUGGAGACACAGUAAGUUUGAAAAUAGUAAGUAUCACCUAAUUUUACUCGACCUGAAAAGUACAUUUGACGAAAGUGCCAGAAGUUGAGUGGCAGCGCUGGAGAUCCACACUAACCAAUCGAGCUUUUAUGAGCAAAGCCUGAUUUUUUUUUUCAACUAUUAUUGACAAUGCAUGCCCCAAGUCGUUGUUGCUCAUUGGUUCUGCUUAAUUUGUGGUUUUUUGUCACCCGUCGUUAGAGUCGGAAAGUCUGAAGAAUAUGGGGCAAAAACUGAACGCGAGUCGUUUAGGUACAAACAUCGAAUAAAUCGGAAAUGUAAGCAAAACGAAAAAGUUAAAGUGAUGAAAAAGAAGAAUAGCGGAAUUUCUCCUCUAUUGGGACAACGUUAGCAAGCCGAAGAGUCUCUACUUUGUUAUUGAGCGAGGACUGGCUUUGAACUCCGGACACCGGAAGUAAAAUGACAUGUACAGGAAAGAGGGAGCCACAUUAGUCUAUGACCUUAUGAUGAACAGAAAUACCGACACAUAAAGAUCUUUGCAUAUGAUUGCUUUCAGGCCAUCUGUAUGUUACCAUUUGAAAUUCAUGUGGAGUUGAAAUUCGGAUGUAUACUCAGAAAAUAACGAUGACUUUGUGAUUACAUGAUUAUAGAAGUGCAGCAUUUGGGGGCAUUAGGUGCUGAAGGAUGACAAGAGACAGCAAUAUAUGUCUUCCUCGUCGAGUGUCAACGAUAAGCUUUUCUGGAAAUCGAGGUCCAGCGGUAUGGGGAAAUGACGUGGAUAUGAUGCAUUGGUAUUGGCCAUAUCUUCUCUAUCACUUGUGGCCAUCACGUCCACAGAAGAGACAUCCAUACACCUUCUAUAAGUGAUGUUGUUGAAAAACACAUUGUUGUCACUUUUUACAUGCUAAUUUACCAGCUCAAUAAGAACAAGGUAGGCGCAAGUUGCGGAACAACAAACGAGGUGAACAGUAAUUCAGUAAUACUUAAUCUAACAUUAAUUACAAAAGCAAGAAAAGAUUCUAUGAUUUAAAAAACAUAUGUGAACGACGUGACCUUAAAAAUGUGACGUGAUCACGUACAUAACAUUAUAUAUCAAGAUAUAUAUUCCAACGAAAGGUUCGAUCAAAAUCAAGUAUAGAUCGCAUACAUGAGCAAGGCUUAGUUGAAUUAUGAAAGAACUAUCAGGAAAUAAUGUGAGCGCAAUAAUCUAUACUGCUACUGGGAUAGGGUAUGCUAUAUACGACAAGAGUCUCCAUUUUAGGCUCAUGUGGUUACUUAAACAGUCAUAUUGAAGACAGAAAACAUACAAAACACAAACAGAAGAAUGUACGAAUAAGCCACAAAAACAAUCACCGUUUACUCAAUUAUUAUACAAUAAAUAAAUAUUAUUGAAUAAAUUAUGUGCAUAAUUAUAAUCAAUACAUUA